CUGCUUCUCCUUAUGCUGAGCUGGACUGAUAAUGGAGCUGUCUUGUGAAUCAGUAAGAUAUCCUGAGGACAGGAGACCGACCAGCUGCAAGUUUGUGGAGCUCCAUGUGCUGUAUGUGCCAGAUGACCAGUGGAAUGUGAAGCUCAAUAAAGUCCCCGCUGAAGCCAUAGAGAGCUUCAUAUCUGCCGGCUUCAUCAGAGUUUAUCCUGAUAUCACCCUGAAAACUCUGAGGAGUGAGCUUGGAGCUCUCCUUGGCGCUGAGAGGGGCAUCGACAAAUUCUCCUUCCUGAAAUGUGUGGGGCGCAGUUUGGCGCUGGUCAAGAGCAAACAGGAGAGGGACCUGAAAGUGAAAACAUUCGCUCCACCAUAUGCCCCUCAGCCGGAGCUUUACCUGCUGCCCAGUGUGGAGAGCGACAGCAGCGUUUGCUCCCAGUCUCUCACCACAGACACCAGCAGCAGCUCCCCAGACCACCAGACCUAUUACCACCCUCCAAAGACAUGCAGCCUGCCAGCAGGAACAAAGGAGCCUGUUAAAUUCCCCCUCAUCCCCCAGUGUUCCCAUCAGCCACCUCCCACCCCCAGCCUGGAAGAGGAGGAGGAGGAGGAGGAAGAAGAAGAAGAAGAUGAGGAGCAGAGCUUUAGUUCUUCAGAGGCAGCAGGAGAAAAUGAAGAGGAGGGUCUCUCUUCCAACAAGUCACAAUGGGCAGAGCAGGAAUGUUGCCCAAGGAAGCCUCUGAAUCAAAGGGCACCACAGCCUGUUUCACAGAGUAAAGCUUUACAACGGUGUGAAGCUGAUCUUGGUCAGGUGAAGGAGUCACCAGAGAACGAAGACACCUGCUGUCAGAAGCGACAGUACUACAGACAGAGCAGAGCUGCCAGAGAUUCAGGAGUCACCCAGUCUUUGGAGGACAGAGAUUCAGGCUUCUCCCUCACAGACGGGUUCGGGAAAUCAAAAGAUGCACAUACACUGAGGUCCGUCAGGAAUAAACCAACAAGUGGAGUGGCGGAGAGCGCAGCUGUGUUGUCUCGGGCUGUUGGGCUCACCUCUCAGGACUUGGCCGUGGUCACUCAAAAAACAACUGCCUCUGCUGUCUUUCACACAAACAGAGAGGAACUGAUUGAGGAAAUCAAGCUGGUGAGGGAGGAGAGAAAGCAGCUGGAGUGGACGAGGCAAGAGUUGCUGAGGAAGGGGAAAGAUUUGUUGGCGCAAAACAGACACCGCAGGAACCAAGCACGUGACAGUUGGAAGAAGAAAUAUUUUGAAACCAAGAAGGCCACUGCACCGUUGGAGGAAAAUCUGAGAAACUUACGACAGGAGUUGGAGACAUUUUACAACAAACUCCUGCACCAGCUCCAGGCCAGAGAUAACCGAGGGAAACCAAGACGACAUGGCAGAUCUUCCAUAAAGAACGAGCUCAUCAUUCAGAUCAUGACAGAGAGCCAUGAGAUCGACAACCUGAAGAGGAAGAUAGAGGAUGCCAAGAUGAAGCUGGUGACGGAGAUAAAGUUGAGGAAACAGGCUGCCACAGAGCUGAGGGCCCUGAAGGCUGAGCUGGCCCAGAAGAAGAGCCAGUCCUCUCACCCCGGUCCCACGGCCUCUCUGGGCUUUGGAAAUACCACACGGGAAAGACCUCAAGCUCAAGGCACCUCCAUCUAACUUUGAACAAAACUGUUCUCUGGCCUUAACUUUGCUGGGACAGUGUUAGAUCUUGAUGUUAUACAGCUGUACUUUCUACAUCUCUUACUACUUUGUACCAGAGUUUUGUAUUUUUGUGCUGUUGCUUUUUCUGCAUUUUAUUAUUACUUCAUGUUUGAUGUGAUCUGAUUUAUUCACAAUGUUAAUUCUGUUGACUUCUCAGAUUUCUCAGGUGCUGUAAUCUUGUUAGGAAGGAAACUCAAAUGUUUAGCUGGUUAUGUAACUUCAGUAAUUUGCAGAUUCAUCAGAAAAUGUUUAUUUAUGAAAAGCAUAAAGUGCAAAGAUUUCAGUAAGCCCAGUAUCGGUCAGACAAAAUUACUGUUGGUGUCACAUUAAAAAGAUUGGUUGUCUUUUUUUUUUUUCAGAGAACCAGUUAUUUCAGUUUGCACAGAGGAAUGUCAGACGUCACCACAUUCAAUAA